AUGCCUCUCCAUAAACCAAACUUCAACUCUUCCGUCGCCUUCGACGUGAUCAACGACGUCCUUGCCGCUGACAAUGAGGAGCGCGAAAACGCCGUCAAGAGCGCCAAAGCCGUCUUCUGUUUCACCUUGACCAACGACAGCGGCGAGACCGAGAGCUGGUAUCUCGACUUCAAGGACAAGGGUGUCGCUGGCCAGGGCACUGCUCCAGAGGGCGGAAAGGCCGAUGUCACCUUGUUGCUCAGCGACGCUGACUUCGGCUCCCUCAUCACUGGCUCCUCCAACGCCCAGCGUCUUUUCAUGGGUGGCAAGCUCAAGGUUCGAGGCAAUGUCAUGAAGGCGAUGAAGAUGGAGCCUAUCCUCAAGAAGGCCCAGACCAAGGCUAAAUUGUAA